AUGGUCGAGAAGGAUGCAGAAAAUACUGCUUUUAGAACACCUCUCGGAAACUUUUUCUAUACAGUCGUGCCUUUCGGACUCCAAAAUGCCGGAGCAACUUACGAAAGGGCUAUGACUGCAAUCUUUCAUAAUAUGAUCCAUCAUGAGGUGGAAGAUUAUGUUGAUGAUCUGGUGGUGAAAUCCAAGAAAGAGGAGGACCAUCUCCGAGACCUUGAGAAAGUAUUCAAGAGGUGCCAGAAAUUCAAAAUGAGGAUGAAUCCUCUCAAAUGUGCUUUUGGGGUGAUGGCCAGGAAGUUUCUCGGGUUUCUUGUAUAUAGGCAUGGUAUCAAGGCAGAUGAAGAAAAGGUCAAAUCUAUCAGAGCAAUGCCUCUUCCGCAUUCUCAGAAGGAGUUAAAAAGUUUCCUCGGGAAAGUGUCUUAUAUUCAAAGAAGUGAUCUAAUUAGAUACCUCCUCAGCAAGCCUGCUCUAACUGGAAAGGUGGCAAGAUGGUUGUUAGCACUAGGUGAAUUUAAGAUCACAUGUGUUGCUCCCAAGGCGAUCAAAAGUCAAGCCUUAACCGAUCUCCUUGUCCAAUUUUCAAGUGGUGACUAUGAACCAGUGAAUGAACAAUUAAGAGAAGAAGUGCAUGCAACUAUGGUUUCUGAGGAAAGCUUUUGGACAUUGAGCUUUGACGGAGCAGAAGCCAGAGGGAAAGGUGGAACCGGGAUAAUCCUUACAAGCAAAAGUGGGAAAAAGUUAUAUUUGUCUUAUAAACUGGAUUUCCAUUGUUCGAAUAAUGAAGUCGAGUAUAAGGCUCUUAUUUUAGUCUUGAAAGUAGCUGAGAAGCACAACAUCAAGAAGAUUUGGAUUCAGGGAGACUCAAAGCUGAUAAUGAAGCAAAUAGAAUGCCCCAAAUAUCAGUCAUACAUCCGAGAGGAUGAGAGUUGCUUUGAAAUUGAUACCCCUGAUUGGAGACAAGUCUACGUUGACUAUCUUAAGGAGGGGACAUUACCGGAGAACCCGAAGGACAUUGCACACCUCAAGAGGAGAGUGAGGCGGUACUUUCUUAAUCAGAACAGGCUUUACAGAAGAAGCAUUGAAGGCACUCCCUUGAGAUGUCUUUCCAAGGAGGAGUCUAAUCUAGUCCUUGAAAGAGCCCACGACAUUGAGCAUCAAGAAGGGGCUCAGUUGUUCGAGCAACUGAUACACCUUGGGUAUUAUUGGUCGACCAUGUAG